AUGUCCCCAAAUCCUCCUCACUUUACCGCCAUUGAGAUGACACAACAGCCUGCUGCAUCCACAACAUGCCAAACCGGCGCAGGUUCCACAAGACAGGAGAAACCACAUCAUUCGAAAUCGACAAAAAGAGAUACGAUUUUCGAAUAUAAGAUUCAGGGUGGACGUACGCUUGAAGAGGGCAUCAAUGGGUUGAAAAACGGGACAGACAUGGUCGUUCUUUAUAAGCCAGCCAAGCGGGAGCAGAAUUAG